CCCUAGUUCCCACUUGCCACUUCCCAUGCACUCCAAACAUUUGAUCGAGAAAGCCGUUUUCUUGUUGUGGGACAAUGAACAACGCGUCAGCUGAUGGAACGACUGGGACACUCAAGUGACCGGAUUGUUGAGGCAGGGUUUGCGGUUGGCAGCCCAGCCCUUGGGACCCGCACUCAAUCAACGGGGUCUACAUGUGAGCUCGUCCCAGAACAAAAUGUUUCCGGUGAAUUCGGACGGGCGGAUUGCGUGUACCCUUAUUCCGGGGGACGGGGUGGGACCAGAAUUGAUGGACGCGACCCAGGAGGUGUUGAAGGCCAUUGGGGUUCCCAUUGACUUUGAGACAUUUCAUUUGUCAGAGAUUCAACAUGGUAUCAGCGCUAAUUUAGAGGAAGUGACGAAAUCCAUCGAAAAGAAUGGCAUCGCCCUCAAGGGAGUAAUUGCUGUGCCUGAUGCGAGCUUUGAUGGUAAUCUGAUGAACCUCAACCAGACGUUCCGAAAAAGCCUCGAUCUCUAUGCCAGUGUGGUCAAGGUCCGAAGUUUACCUGGAGUGAAGACCCGUCAUCCCAAUAUUGAUAUGGUCAUCAUUCGAGAACAAGUGGAGGGCGAAUAUUCAGCUUUGGAACAUGAGUCUGUUCCGGGAGUGGUGGAAUGUCUGAAGGUGGUGACCAAGCAACGCUCGAGGAGGAUCGCUAAAUUCGCUUUUGAUUACGCCACUCGCCACCAGAGGGAGACGGUGACGGCGGUGCACAAGGCCAACAUCAUGAAGCUGGGCGAUGGCCUUUUUCUGCGAUCUUGCGAGGAGGUGGCCGAGUUGUAUCCCAAUAUUAAGUUUGAAAAAAUGAUUGUGGACAACACGACCAUGCAGAUGGUGUCUAAACCUCAACAAUUUGACGUCAUGGUCAUGCCCAAUCUAUAUGGUAACAUAAUCGAUAAUUUGGCCACGGGCCUGGUGGGUGGAGCUGGAUUGGUGGCUGGUGCCUCCUACUCAGCCGAUGUGGCCGUUUUCGAACCCGGAGCGAGACACACCUUUGACGAGGGUGUCGGGCGUAACGUGGCUAAUCCAACGGCCAUGCUUUUGAGUGCGGCCAAACUACUGGAGCACGUGGGUCUGGAUAAUCACGCGAAAAAAAUCAAGACGGGCGUGGACAAAGUCCUGCGAGCGGGCAAGGUGCGAACUCGGGAUUUGGGCGGCCACUCCUCGACCCGUGACUUUGCUCGCGCCGUAGUGUCUAGUAUUUAGACGCACGCGUCGGGCGCUAAGGCACGAAAAAUAGCUCCGCUUCCAUCCACUAGAAAGUUACUCUCUGUUCGGCUUUCACGACAAACUUGUCGCUAGAUUUAUAUAGAAAGAUGAAUAAAUCUGAUCCAUGUCCAAGUUAUA